AUGCCUCCCAAGAAAAUCGAGGAGCGUGAUCUGCAGGCGGUCGUGCUUUGCGACUCGUAUGAAGAGCGGUUUUAUCCGCUCACAAAGGACAAGCCGCGCUGUCUUCUGCCCCUGGCCAAUACGCCCUUGAUCGAGUACACUUUGGAGUUUCUGGUGUCUGCAAAGGUGACGGAGGUCUAUCUUAUGUGCUGUUCGCACGCCGACCAGGUCACCGAAUACAUCACUCGCUCCAGAUGGGGCUCUCAGAGUCCCCACGUGCCCUUCAAGCUCCAUACCAUCGAGCUCCCGAACACAUUAUCAGUGGGUGAUGCUAUGAGAGACCUUGACUCGCGAGGAAUCAUCAAGUCCGAUUUCUUGUUGAUUUCCGGUGACGUUGUCUGUAAUAUGGAUUUCAAUAAAAUCUGGGACGGCCACGUCAAGCGUAAACAGCAGGACAAAAAUUGCAUCAUGACCAGCGUGCUUCGCCAAGGUGCAGCCACCCACCGCACUCGUCCUCGCCAAACGGGGUUGUAUAUUCUCAAUCAGGAAACAAACCAGGUCGUGGGCUAUGAAUGGGAUAUCAAUGUGCGCAAGGUUUCGCUAGACGCAACCGAGCUCUUGUCUCGCCCGAGCGUUGCCUUCCGUAACGAUCUGAUUGACUGCUACAUCGAUAUCUGCACACCGGAUGUUCCUGCUUUAUUCCAGGAAAAUUUCGACUACGAGCUCUUGCGUAGGGACUUUGUCAACGGUAUUCUCACUUCGGACUUGCUGGGCAAGGCCAUCUAUGCACAUAUUCUCACCGACGACUAUGCGGCCAGAGUUGAGAGUUUCCGCACCUACGAUGCUGUGUCUCGGGACGUUAUUGGCCGCUACGCAUACCCACUGGUUGUGGAUUCUCGAGGGACCUAUGUCUACCGCAAGGGUCACAUUUAUGUGCAGAACAACGUUGUGCUCAGCCAGUCGUCGCACAUUGGUCGCAACACGGUAAUUGGACGCAACACAAAGGUUGGCUCAAACACCGUGAUCACAAACUCGGUAAUUGGCCGCAACUGCACAAUUGGGGACAGCGUUGUUCUUAAAGAUGCAUACAUUUGGGACGAUGUCACCAUUCACGACAAUGUCAAGAUCACGGAAUCUCUGGUAGGCAGCAACGCCAUUGUGGGGGCUGGAGCCGUUCUGAAUCCAGGCGUGAUCGUUGGCUUUGGUCAUGCUGUUGAGGCAAACGCGGAUAUUGCCCAAAACUCGAGGCUUUGCCGCAGCUUCUCCAAGGAGUGCGAGGUUAGCGACGACGAAGACGACGAGAAUAAUCACAAUGAAAUGGGUCUCUUGACCUCCCGCAUGGAUGAUAUUUAUCUUUCAGAUGAUUCGAUCGCGUCCACAAGUCGGGGCGACUCCAACCGGCGCACGAAGAAGACCAAGAGAUCCUUGUCCGCCAUCUCGGCGACCAGCGUCAUGUCCGCUCGCUCUGACGAGGGUGAGGAGGACUUUUUCAACGAGGCGGUGGAGUCAAUUUCGCGCGCUAUUUUGGACAACCACUCUCAGGAUGUGUCUAUCCUUGAGCUCAACACAUUAAGAAUGACGAUGAAUGCGUCGUACGACAAGGUCCAAGCUGCGGUUAUUCACGCGCUAGUGCGCCACAUCAGCCAUCUUGUCACCCACACAGAUCCCAAAACGGCAACGGUGGGUGUCUUCCGGCAAUUCACCCCACUGCUCAAGCGGGUCACCUUCGACCUCGACGACGAAGUCAUGGUGGCCCAUUGUAUCGAGAGCGAGUGCGUUGGGCGUAACCACGGAGAGAGUAUUCUUAUUUACGCUAUGAUGACACUUUACGAUACCGACGUUAUCAGCGAGGAGGCUGUCUACAAAUGGUGGGACGGCGAAGCAGUGUCCACAGAGGUGCGCAAGCUGGUGGCCCAGUGGGUGGACUGGCUCCGUAACGCAGAGUCGGAGUCGGACGAGGAGGAGUCUGAUUAG